AUAGGUCUUUGAAAGUCAUCCUUCCAACUGGAUGUAAAAGGCAAUUAGUAUUUAAAAUACACAAUGCCGAUUAGAUGGGCUUUACUUCAUCUCCUGCUGCUCUCCACGACGACAGUCCUGGGCGCGAGCCACAUUUCACGCAGUAACAAUCGGAUUGUCAAUGGAAUACCCAUUCCUAUACGCGAUGCACCCUGGCAGGUUUCGAUACAAGCAUUGGGACAUCACAUUUGCGGUGGCAGCAUUAUAAGCUCUAAAACAAUCAUAACUGCUGCGCAUUGUGUGUUCUACAUCCCUGCAAUUCUACUGCAAGUGCGAACAGGAUCCAAGUACUGGAAUCGUGGUGGACAGGUAAUAAAUGUGGCGCAAGUCAAAAGGCAUCCGAAUUAUGGCACCAAUCCCACCAAGAAUGAUAUCGCACUCGUGCGACUAGACAAGAGACUUAAGUACAGCCGGAAUUCGUAUAGAAUUCGACUUGCAAAAGAAACGCCUGAGAGCGGAGCCGCAGCCUCUGUUUCAGGCUGGGGUCUUCAAAAAGAGAAUGCAUCUGUCGGUUCAAGAGACUUGCAAAUGGCUUCGCUGCGUAUAAUCGAUCGCGCGACCUGUCAAAUGUCCAAAUAUGCUGUCCUUGGUAAUAAAGUUGCUAAGGGCAUGAUCUGUGCUACAAGCAGUGCUAGCGAUGCAUGUCAAGGCGAUUCUGGUGGACCGUUGGUUGUUGACAAUCAACUUGUGGGUAUUGUUUCUUGGGGCAUUGGAUGUGCAAGAAAAGGACAUCCAGGAGUUUAUACCGAUGUUGCUCUCUACCGAGAGUGGAUAUUUAAGUACAUGAAAAGACGGGAGUAAAUUUCAAUAUGCAAAUGAAAAUUAAAGAAAAUAAUUAAAUCAUGAAAUAAAAUAGCUAAAACCUUA